GAUGAUUUCUGAAUUCGUGUAGGUUAGUUUUUAUUUACAAAUUUUGCAUAUGCGAAAUCUUUGUUGGUGUCAGAAAACAUUAUUUUCAGUAAUAGAUUGAAAUUAGAUUCAGCUAUGGGAGGUAAACAUAAACAAGCCCAAAGGACGAAGAAUAAUGUUCGGCCAUCAAGCAGUGGUAGAAGUGCUGCACUGCUAGCAAAUACCACGCCAAAUUUCCCCGGUUUCGAUGCUGUCAAAGAGUGUGGCUACAUUCCAGCACUAUCUGGAUUUACAGCACCAAGCCAUGAAGAUGUUGACCCCAACAUUGACGUGAACUUUCAGUUAGUACUGAAGAAAAUGAGCAAGAAAGAUUCAACGACAAGACUCAAAGCUUUACAGGAGUUCACACAGUUGGUAUCAGCAGGAGAUUCAGCUGAGGCGGUCAAAGUCUUGCUCCCAUGCUGGGCUCGCCUGUUUUGCCAGCUGGUGCAAGACCCUGAACACCGUGUGAGGGAAGCUGCACACGUAGCACAGCGUGCCAUUGUUCGGGCCGCCCGCCGCAACUUGGCUCCGCACCUUCGGCAGCUCGCCGGUCCAUGGUUCACCGCACAGUAUGACACUCAUCCCCCUGCCGCCAGUGCUGCUGCACUUGCUCUCCAGGAUGCUUUUCCACCAAAGAAGAUGAUUGAAGCAAUAAUAUUUUGCCAACAAGAAAUAUUAAAUUACAUAAUCGAUAAUGUCACUGUGCAGACUCCUCAGACCCUGAGUAACCCAAAGACAUCAUCUGCUGAAGAUAUGGAAUCCAAAUAUCAGAGGGUACUUGUGAGCUCCUUACAAGGAUAUGCAUUAUUUCUACAGAAGAUGCCACCAGAGCAUCUUGAGGCUGUACAUGAUCUCAAUAAAAAACUUGUUUCUUCCAAGAGGUUCUGGAAGCUGGCUUCACAUAAAGCCCCACUGGUACGGAAUGCAUGGUUUUCUGCACUUAUUGCAGUAUGCCAGAAAGCACCAAACCUUCUGGAAAACAACGGCAGCCAAGUUACUGUAGCUGUGUUUGGGAAACUUGACGAGACUGACCCAGUCGUACUACCCGCGGUAUGGGAAGCAGCGCUGCACGUCCUUACAGUAGUGCAGAAUUGUUGGUCACUAGUGGACACUGAAAAACUCGUAUUUCCAAAACUAUGGAAUGUGCUGCGUGAAGGUGGCUAUGGAAAUGCAGUGACAAUUUUCCCAAACCUGCUUCCUUUCCUUAGCAAGCUGCCUGCUUCUACAUAUGCAGAUGAUGGUGGCUUUUGUGAGCAGUUCUUUUCCAGUUUGCGGCAAGGAUUCAAGCAGAAAACAGUACAGCAGAGCAUUUCAGAAAACCAUGCUGUUGCCAAAUGUUAUAUUGAAUGUUUCCGCUACUUGAUAAGCAUGAAGAACAAUGAUAUAGAAUUUUGCAAAUUGUUGCACAGGGAGCAGCUAAUGUCUGUCAUUGAACUUGCCUUAACAGAACGUACAGUUAACUGUGGAAUGCUAUUCAGAGAAGUUUCAAAUCUCAUUCAUCACUGGAGCAGGAACAGGCAUAAUGCUUUGCAUGCUGAACUGCUAAGUUUGUUUUGGUGUGGACUAUCAGAAAUGUGCAUGAAGAUACUGAAACCUCCAGGGCAUGACUCAAUGCAGCCACAGGAAACCCCGGCAGAAUGGAAGGUGGACCGUGUUGUGGACUUGUGUGCUUUGUUAAAAUGUCCCGCUUCUGAGAUUCCAAAAAGUGCUUCAAAAGUUAGGUUUUCAUCUAAAGAAAUAAUUGACAAUGAAGUGAGUGAAAAUGAAAAUUGUGAAACUGACAAUCAGGUAUCAUUAACUGUUUUCAGCGAAGAUCAUGCUGACGAAUUUGCCAAAGAAUUGAGUCGUUUGAGCUGUGAAUUGGCAACUGUGUUUAUUAAUGAGUUGAAAGAAUGUCACGUUUCUGCAUAUAUUAAACCCCUGAAAAAUUUGGUGAACUCUGCACUAAGCAGUAAUGACUUACUGAAUGCUGUGGGGAGCGCUGACCAAAGUGAAGAACAGAAAAUACAUGAACUGCAAAAGCUUUUGGAUGAAACAUUCUGUGCUUGGUUGCAGGACAAAGCCAGGUGCUCUGAAGCUGUUGUCGAAUUAAUAUUUUCAUUAUUGAUGCAUGUUUCCACCGAAAUGAAGGAUCGAGUUAUUCACCGUUUGUAUGAGAUUUCUGAGUCCCACAGAUCAGUGCUUCUGUGGCUCUUGAAGAUGUGUGUCAAACACGUUGGUGAUAAGGAUGUAAUUUACUUUAUUCGUGGAGAGAAGAUGAGUGGAGAACUUGUUGCACUUUCUGGAGAGGUUUCAUCUUGUUCUGAUUGUGAUGGUGGGGAUGCCCUUGAAAUUCUUCGUUUCUGUCUCAAGACUCCAGCCAUUGCAGACACAGCAGUGCCAGGCAUACUCAGAGAGCUGGCAGUAGGCCUUCGAAGGACUCCACAACCUACAACGACAUGCACAGUUUUGGCUUGUGAAGCAGCGGCAAUGGCAGUGAACUUUGGCUCUGCUGGCAUUGACCUCCUGGCAGGCGUAUUCGCUCUGGCAGUAUUGCACAAAGCUGAGGAGCCGGAGGUUGUCGAAGCGUGGCACGGUGUAGCACCUGAAGUUGACAUCUUUAUAGUUACAUCAUUGGUUGCAGAGAUCAGGGCCUUGCUUCAUAACUGUGAGGUUGCAGAAAUAACAGAACAGCUGCAGCCUCUGCCCACAGAAGUCAAAGCCGAACUGUUAACAGAAUUGAAGUCUGCUCGCCGUGAUGACGGUAUGUGGAUGUCGUGGGCAUGUCACCUGGCUCAUCGGCUACUCGGAGAGCUGACAGGCGAUGCUGUCACACCUCCGCCUCUUCCAGGUCCUUCCCAUGACACUCACAGCUUUGCUGCACUCACUUUGCUGUCGGUUCAGCUACUACUUUCUCAAAAAUCACAAAAAGAAAGCCAGUCUUCUUCUGAUGAUGAUGAUGGAGAUACUGAUAAACUACUUGAGCACAUGCCAGAGCUGACACAUGCCCUGGCUAUCGCUGAUGAUUUUCUUACCUGCUAUGUUAAUACACCUCAAGCAAAUGGAAUGUCUGCAUGUGUUACAGAUUUAAAAUCAGGAUACAAAAAAAUUAUUCAGCAGCUCAGUAAGAAAGAGAUUCAGAAAGUUUCAGAUGCAAUUACUGAAAGGGCAGAAGUGGAGGGUAAUACAUGGAUAUGGGCAAUAUACAACCUACACAAAUACGCGUUUGGCAUAGAAGAUGGAGCAGCAAUAUUCUCUUGUCUUAUUAAAGAAUCCAGACUCUUUGGCCUGCCCAGAAUGCAUACUGAACAGAUUUAUUAUGGCCUUAACGCCUCAAAGAACUGCGAUGUGGAUUUUGCGGAAACAGAACUGUCAAAAACUUUGCCCACCAUUACUUGCUGGCUGAAUAAUGUGACACGCCCCUUUCAUAAAAGUGGUAACAUUGUAGUGAGGCAUUUCAUGGAGCAUAUUCCAGCAUACUGGAAAACAGUUGAAGCACGAAUUCCCACAAGUGAAUUGUCAAAUGUUGACUGGGAAGAAGUACAUAAGUUGAUAGAGAAAAUACACUUUCUUGCUGCAGUCACGAAAAAUGCGUGGCAUGUCCUUCCAGUGCGCAUGUGGGAUUUCAUUCUUUUGGCUCUUGUACACCUUGUAAAGAAUUUACAGAGUGCUGUUAAGACUCUCCUGCAAGAAACAAAUGCACAACGCACACACAGCACUAGUAGGAGAAACCUAACCUCCUUUGCAGUUGCAACAUGCCUCUUGUUUCGAGCUGUUGACAAUUUCUUCAAAGAAGUCGCCAAAGAAGACAACAAAGAACUGGACAAAAAAAUGUUUAAAGACUUACUGGAAGAAUGGAAGUUGGUUUAUGUAGGAGAAAUUUACAAGACCUUCACAGAUAUUGUCAAACUCUUAGCAGAUGCUGCUAAAGAAACAGUUGUGACCCUAGAUCGACAGAUAUUACUCCAAGAAAUUGGCAAGUCUCUUAUGUGUGCUGAUGUUGGGCAGUAUCUCCAAGGAAGUCAGCAUGAAGCAUUCAUAGAAAGCUGUGAAAAAUUAAUUUACUCACCACUAAAUGUGCUCCAGCUAACUGGUUUUCAAAUGCUGAAAAAGUUGGUGCCAUUCUUUUCUGCGAAAGAUUCAAGCAUGGGACAAGUGACUGGCGAGGAGAUGCCCACUCCGGGCCUCAGCCUCCUGACCAGUUUGCUGGACAGAGGUGAAGCCGCGACCGGUGCUCUGCUUAGUGAGCUGCGUAUGGGCGAGAGCUGCACUCUUGAGCCGUUCACAGAGUCACAUGCCUACUGCAGUGCCUAUCUGCUGCUGUGGUCACUGACCCUGGAGCUCUGUGCUCAUGCAUCGCCACAGCUAAGAUACCAAUAUGCAGCUAAACUCAGUGAAAAUGGUAGUCUGAGGUGUCUGCUGCAGAACCUGUUUUGCCUAAUGCCAGCAGAAGUUCUCAAGGUGUCUGAUAUAAAGCCAAAACCACCGAAGGCCUUUAUGUUUAGUGCGGAACCAUCACUUCAGUUUUCAGAACCAUGUGACAGGCAGUAUUUACAGCAUCUGGCAUGUUGGGUAUACUUUUCUACUUUAAGGCGGCUGCCUGCUAUGGUGCGCCAGUGGUGGGGAGAGGUGGAGCCCCGUGUUGCUAAUAUGGUUGACAAAGUGACGUCUUGUUACGUAUCGCCAUUGCUUUGUAUACAGGAGAUGCAGGCUGUUCAGCAGCAGGAUGUCAAAUACAACAACAUGCAGGUGAAAGUACAUUCAAGUGUUCGUGAAGUAGUUGUAAUCUACUCACUUGAUGAAGCACGUGUUGAACUGGUGGUGAAACUGGCUCCAAAUCAUCCACUGGGGCUUGUGAAGGUGGAGAGUGGUCAACGUUUUGUUGGAUCAGGGCAAUGGCGGAACUGGAUGUUGCAGCUCACAAUCUUCCUCACACAUCAGAAUGGUUCUUUGUGGGAUGGACUGAUGUUGCUAAAGAGCAACCUUGACAAACGGUUUGAAGGUGUUGAAGAAUGUUACAUUUGUUUUUCUGUACUGCAUGGAUCAAAUUUCCAACUGCCGAAACUAUGCUGCAAAACCUGCAAGAAGAAAUUUCACUCUCCUUGUCUUUACAAAUGGUUCAGCACAAGCAACAAGUCAACAUGCCCUAUAUGCAGAAAUAUAUUCUGAGGAAUGUUCAGAAUUUUAUUUAUGUGUAAUAAUGUUUCAUACAAAUUAAUGUGUUACACAUGUUUGUAAAGUGCAAAAAUGUAAAUUUUGUGUAAAUAUUUGAGGGUGAAAUUCUG